AUUUUGAAGGCUAAGGAAAGGAUUGGCUUGCUGGCUGUGUUUAUUUCUGAGAGCAGGACAUCGAACAUAGAGAGCAAGUGCACCUCCGUCCACGGCACAGAAGAGAGAGAGAGAGAGAGUUGCUAUUGUUGGAAACUAAGGCUGAAGACAACCCAAAUGUUCUACCUCAGCCGAAUUGAGCACACUCUGCGGCUGCCUCCUCAUCUGCUUAGCCUUCGUCUAGAAGAUGCAGUUAGGGGAGAGCUUGAGAAGCUUUUCUUAGAUAAGGUUAUCGCCAACUUGGGACUUUGCAUUUCUGUGCAUGCUAUACAAUCCAUUAAAGAUGGCUUUAUCUUACCUAAUGAUGGUCAUCCAACUUUUAGGGUGGAGUUCACACUGAUUAUGUUUCGUCCAUUUGUGGGGGAGAUAAUUGUUGCAAAACUUAAAGAAUCUACUGCAAAUGGUUUACGUCUGUCCCUUGAAUUUUUCAAUGAUAUUUAUGUACCUGUUCAUCUUUUGCCUGUUCCAUCCCAUUCCGUGCCUGACCCAGGAAAGAGGGAUAGAGUCGUGUGGAUAUGGAAGUUUCCUGAUUCAGAUGAAGAACUUGUUAUUGAUGGGAUAGACGAGAUAAAAUUCCAAGUUCACAGUGUGAACUUUCCUCCAAUUCCAAUUGCGCAGCCAGAAGACUCAAAACCAUUUGCCCCUAUGGUGGUUACAGGAUCAAUUGAUUUUGAUGGUUUGGGCCCUGUUUCGUGGUGGGUGGAUGCAGAAGAUAAGGAUGAAGAACCUGAAGAUCCUUAAGCUGACAGACCUUCAGCAAAGGAGAUCUACUUCUAUCAUGUUUCUCAUGAAUGUGUUUGAAGGCAUGAAUACAGUUUGAUUUGAGCUUGUAACUUUUUCAUUUUAGAUUAUAUAUAAACUAUUGUAGUUCAAAUUAGCUUGAUGGGAAGGUGGACAAACUUUAGUGGUGUAGGGGGUAAGA